AUGAAUGUUAGUAGUCAUAUUAAUAAUAGUGAAAUAAUUACAGAAAUAUCAUGGAUUCCUACACCAUUUACCGAUCGUUUAUUAUCAAUUUAUUCUUUACUAUUAAUUAUUAUUGGCACACCAUGUAAUAUAUUAUGUGUAUGUAUUUAUUUUCAAAAACGUAAUCGUUCAAGUUCAAUAAAAACAAUUUUUGGUUAUUUAGCACUAUUAGAUUGUAUUACAUUAUAUACGUUUAAUUUAAAUUAUGUUUAUCGUGAAUUUUAUACUAAACACUAUCAACAUGAUGAUGAUGAUAGAAAUGGAAUGAUAUUAAUUAAAAAAAAUUUAGAAGAAUAUUCAUUAACUAUUUGCCGAUUAUUAUCCUAUACCGCUUUUACUAUACUUCAAACAUCCUCAUGGAUACUUGCCUUUGGUUCUAUUAAUCGUUAUUUAUUAAUAAAACAAUUGGGUUAUUUUAAAUUUAUUUGUAAACGUAGUUAUACUAUUAUCAUUUGUUUAAUUAUUACUUUUACAUUUCUUGUUUCAAAUGUCCAUAUAUUAGUUCUGAAUGGUUAUAAUGAUAAUAUAACGAAUAACAGUACAACAAUAAUUGUCCAAUGUUAUAAAAAUAUUAACUAUCCAAAUUAUAUGAUAUAUUAUCAACGUUUUCAUUUAUUUAUCUAUAGUAUAUUACCAAGUAUUUUUUUACUUAUAUUUAAUACACUUUUAAUACGUACAAUAUUUCAAAGUAAACGUCGUCUAGUUAAACAUAAAAAAUCAUCUUUAAUAUUAUAUUAUAAUAAUAAUGGAUAUUCAACAAUAUCACCACAAUUAAUUCCAUCAAAUAAAGAAAUAACUUCAAAAUGGUCAUUAAGACGAAAAAGUUCGAGUAUAAAAAAUAUUAAAACAAUAUCUACAACACGUUUAUUAAAUCAUGGUCAUAGUCGAAAAUUAACAUUAUCAUUAAUAUUUAUUACAAUAUCAUUUUUUAUAUUAACCUUUCCAUCUACUCUUCUAUUUUCCUAUAUUCGUUUAAAAAUACAUAAUUUAUCUUAUCGACGUACAAUAACAUUAUUUUUUACCAAUUUAUCAACAACAACACAUGCCAUACGAUUUUUUAUCUAUUUUGUUUGUUCAAUUGAUUUUAGAAAUGAUUUUUUUCAAUUAAUUUGUUUAUAUUUUAAACAGCAUAAAAUUAAACAAAAUAAUCUACAUUGA